AUGAUAUUCCCUCCAUUCGUUCCAUCUCUUGAAGAUAAUUACAAUUUGGAAGCUUCAAGUAGUCCCUCAACGCCUGGGACCCCCUCUGAAAUUUCAGACCAAGUCCUCAGUAUCGGUUUCCCUCAAGCCAUGCAACUUACAUGGACAAACUCGACCUCCACCAUGGCUUUGUUCAUCUCUGAACCAGGCUCGAGUGUUCUCUACGCAGCUCUCAUGCCUCGUGGACUACAAGGACCAGUCUAUCUUUAUCCGGGUUCAGAGUUUGUUGGAGACGCAAUGGCAUCUAGCAACAAAUCUGGCGAACGUUUCACUUUUCAACUCCCAGGAGUACCCAGUUACCACAUUUCCUCCAACCAAGUCACCAUGUCCUUUCACCGAUCAAGAUCAAACCCUCGGUACAAUUUCUCCAUGAGGGUUGAACAUGAAGGGAGUCGCAGGACUGAAAGUUUUGAGUGGCGUAAUUCUUCAGAAGCACAGAGUGGUCUAUACAGCACAGUAUGGGAACUCGUAUCUCUGGGACGCAGCAGCAAAUCCAGUUCCCAUCGUCCAAGGAGCUCUGGUGUAGUGGCCAUGGUGUAUGAAAACUACGGGUCGUCUAUAGAGCGGUCAGGAGGCUUUCGAUUUUUAGGGAGGCCGACUACAUCUUAUAUGGGGUACCACUGGACUCUUAUGGCUCUCAUGAGUGGGAUAGCUGUGUGGCAGCAUGCAAGUAGUGGAUGA